AUGUUGUCCAGCACCAACGCAUCAUCCAGCGUCUCCAUUGAUAAGUUCAAUGGAGAGAACUAUGCGACUUGGAGUCGAUACAUGCGCGGCGUGAUCUUGACGAAGUCCGUCUGGCACGUCGUGAACCGCGAAGUGACGCCAACCUUCACCGACCCGCGAGCGUCCGACGAGUACGUCAAGACGAGCAACAUCGUGUUCUGGUUGAUGCUACUGCACUUGAAUGCGGAUUAA